GUUCCUCGUGCAGUAGGCUAUAAGCCAUUCUAGCCGCACUUGCCGCUGCACUACCCAGGCUGGACGUUGCGGCUUCAGCAUUCUUUUACAUUGCAGCGUCCAACCUUCGUCAAUAUGACUUUUCUGCUCGUUGGGGGACGCAAAGAGUUUGAUUUGAAGUCUUUUGAGAAUUAAUUUAUUUGAGCUUCGGAAAAAUAACUCGUGUGAGGACACGAACAUGCCAUGAACUUCAACCAGGAUUACAGGCACACCGAGAAGCACGACUCCGAAGAGAUGUAAAGUGUUCAUGUACCCUAUAGACAUAUAUACACAGGAGAAAGGGUGCAUCAGCGUUGGAUGAGUGCACCAACGGACGCAUUCCAGCAGUAUCCCUAAAGAUCAAGCGGAGUGUUCCUCCCACGCCGACCUGCAGGAUGACCGUAGUGCCCGGAGACAACAUGGAUGAGACCUCAGCAGUGCCGGGGCACCCUCAGGACACCUACCCCCCGGACCACGAUGACCACGAAUGCUGUGAGAGGGUGGUUAUCAACAUAGCGGGGCUGCGCUUCGAGACCCAACUUAAAACUCUCUCGCAGUUCCCUGAGACGCUGUUAGGUAAUCCCAAGAAGAGGAUGCGCUACUUUGAUCCCCUGAGAAAUGAGUACUUCUUCGACAGGAAUCGUCCUAGUUUCGACGCAAUACUCUACUACUACCAGUCCGGAGGCAGGCUGCGGAGGCCGGUGAACGUACCCUUGGAUAUGUUCUCAGAGGAAAUUAAGUUUUACGAACUGGGGGUAGACGCCAUGGAGAGAUUUCGAGAGGAUGAGGGCUUUAUACGGGAGGAGGAGCGCCCAUUGCCAGAAAAGGAGUUUCAGCGACAGAUCUGGCUACUUUUUGAGCACCCCGAGAGCUCAGGACCGGCCAGGGGGAUUGCUAUUGUGUCUGUGAUGGUCAUUUUGAUCUCCAUCGUCAUAUUUUGUUUGGAGACUUUACCUGAACUGAAAGAAGACCCCAGGGGUCGUAUGGAGACUGUAGGCAACACCACUUUCUAUUACAAGCCAAACAUCUUGACCGACCCGUUCUUCAUUAUCGAGACUUUGUGCAUCAUAUGGUUCUCGUUUGAACUGAUAGUGCGCUUCUUUGCCUGUCCGAGCAAGGCGGCCUUCUUCAAGAAUAUGAUGAACACUAUCGAUAUAGUGGCCAUCAUACCAUACUUCAUAACACUGGGCACAGAGCUGGCCGAUGAUCCUGAAACUAACGACGGAAAGGGUGAACAGGCGACAUCGUUGGCCAUUCUCAGGGUGAUACGUCUGGUGAGAGUGUUUAGGAUCUUCAAGCUGUCAAGGCAUUCGAAAGGGCUGCAGAUUUUGGGACAAACCCUAAAGGCCAGUAUGAGGGAGCUCGGAUUGCUCAUCUUCUUCCUGUUCAUCGGCGUCAUCCUGUUCUCCAGCGCAGUGUACUUCGCAGAGGCCGAGGAAGCGGAAUCGCACUUCACAAGCAUCCCGGACGCAUUCUGGUGGGCCGUUGUCUCCAUGACCACAGUUGGCUAUGGGGACAUGGUUCCAGUGACCAUAGGUGGCAAGAUAGUCGGUUCCCUAUGCGCCAUUGCAGGUGUGCUGACAAUUGCGCUUCCGGUGCCUGUCAUCGUAUCCAACUUCAACUACUUCUAUCACAGGGAGACAGAGGGAGAGGAGCAGGCUCAACUCCUCAAUGUUAGCAAUCCAAACAUUGCGUCAGACACCUCCAGUCGCCGUAGCUCCUCGACCGUAAGCAAAUCAGAGUACAUGGAAAUUGACGGUGACAUAAACAACAGUAUCGACAAUUUUAGGGAAGCCAACCUGAGAACUGGCAACUGCACUAUCACUAAUCAAAACUGUGUGAACAACACCAAGCUCCUAUCCGAUGUUUAGAAGAAAGCAGGGACUUAAGAAACUGGUGAUCAUACUAAUCACACGAAUGCUUCAUUUACCUCCUUAGAGAGCCCUUGCAAUGCGACUACUAUAUUCCGCAAAAGAAAGAAAAGAAAAAAAAACACAAUGAAAAGAAUCAAGCCGUUAGAUAUUCGAAAGUUAGUAGCUGUUAUUAAUUUUCAAAAAAAGAAUACUUCCAGUACAUAAAAAUAACCCCCCAUGUAACACACAUAAGCGCGCACCAACAGGCAAAAGUCUGGCACUUACGAGGACCCUUGGUGGUUGUUCUAACCAGCAUCCACGAAGGGGUUUUUAAAAUGAUAUGCAUGGAAUACAGAUACCAUUUCAGUAACUUGCACAGUGCAUCCUGGAGAAAAUGCAUCCAAACUACCCUGCCCUGCAGAGGAAGAGGCGCAACGCUCGGCAGGGUCUGAUUGACGACUUCCUGAUAGGUGGUCUCCUUCCAGUAAGAGGAUAUACCGACCAGCAAAGCACCUUAUACAGACGUGACUGAAUACCUGCUGGGAUGCUACAGAGGACCAAGUCCUCGACCCAUGAACAUCCGCAAUGCUGCUAUUUUUCAGCAGAUGCUGUACUUAAGAUAUCACCAAGUGAUUCAAUGCCAUGCCCUUUAGAUGCAAGACAGCACAAUGACAAAAGGAGCUUCACGUUAGCAUGUUCAGAUUCUUAUCAUUUUGAUAAUGGCAUGCUUGGGACAUUAUCUCAUUUAAGAGCGCUUUUUUUUCUUUUUGGACCUUUCUUCCAUCUCCCCUACCAUCUACUUCCAUGGAAAGUGCACUGGAUCGUUAUGAUUUGAAAUGCUUAUCAUUUAUGAGUAUUUAAGGACUGAAUGUUAAACCUUAAGGGAACAGUAACUCAAUGAGAUCAUAGCAUGUUAGAAAAUAACCUGCAUUAUGGCCUACUCGAACUAAGGUACUAUGUAUCCUAGUAUAUUUAAUGCAUGACAUCAAUAUUAUACAGCUUGUUGCAAUUUAGGCACCUCUUAUAGGUGCCCAUGUUACUGUCAGGGAAAUAGGGACAUGGAAUCCCACAUUUUCUGAAAUGUGACAAAAAUAUAUGCAAGCCCAUCUCGGGAAUGCAGACCUUCUUAUUUAAAAAGUAGUCAAAGAAGCUGAGGAAAAUAUUAUCAAAAAUGCAUAUACUCAUACUAAGCACCUGUUAAAAUCAGUAUAACGUCAAUAAUACAGUGCAUGGGCCUCUCUCAACAAGUAAAACGAAAUGUAAAUAUAAUUCAUGCUUUCGAUAUUUGCCGUCAAAUUUAGGCCAUUGUGAUGUUCAAAGUAUCUAAAUUACUUGAUUUAUUUAAUAAUGUCAGGAAACAUUGCAAAGAGAACAAGUCAGAAUUAUGAACAUAGGUUGCUAGUGCCUUUGUGCCUCUCAACGACUGGAUAGGUGAAAGUGCCUCAGUGUACGACUGAUUGACAUCAUGACAAAAGUGCAGCACAGUGCAGUUUAUGCUGGAGCGCUAAUGGGAGUGAAAUAGUUCAGUCACAACAAUGACCUUCUGCCUCCUUUUCAAAGCUUUCACACAAGUGCAAGUUUUACCUCUGGGAAGUGAAACUUUUGCGCUGAGUUGUAAAUAAUGUUAAACAACGCGGAGUAACUAUUUUGGAUGGCCAUGACGGGCAGUUAAGAUAUUCCAGGUGUUAUCCUUAUACUUGUCUGUGUAAAAGGAGAGUACGUGUUCCAUAGAGAUUAAUCGCCCUGAGCAUCGGGUGGGUGCAUUCCGAGUUGAGAAGGCGUUCAACAUGACACGUGGUUGUCACGCACAACUUGACCUUUUCAUGUCGUAAUGCACCUGAACUUGUCUAUGGGGGAAAAAAAAAAUCAGCGUAGG